UGUGGGAAAAAGCUUGUCGCUGCUGUGUUGUCGCUGGAGCUUUAGUCAUUGGUGGCGUUGAAACACCGCAGUCGAAAUGCCAGAGCGAGACAGUGAGCCUUUCUCCAACCCUUUGGCUCCAGAUGGCCACGAUGUGGACGAUCCUCACUCCUUCCACCAGUCAAAACUCACCAAUGAAGACUUCAGGAAACUUCUCAUGACCCCGAGGGCUGCACCCACAUCUGCACCACCCUCUAAAUCACGUCACCAUGAGAUGCCAAGGGAGUACAAUGAGGACGAAGACCCCGCUGCACGAAGGAGAAAAAAGAAAAGUUAUUAUGCCAAGCUUCGUCAACAAGAAAUUGAGAGAGAGAGAGAACUAGCAGAGAAGUACCGGGACCGUGCCAAGGAACGGCGAGAUGGUGUAAACAAAGAUUAUGAGGAAACUGAGCUAAUCAGUACCACAGCUAACUACAGGGCUGUGGGCCCCACUGCUGAGGCGGACAAAUCAGCUGCAGAGAAAAGAAGACAGUUGAUCCAGGAGUCCAAAUUCUUGGGUGGUGACAUGGAACACACCCAUUUGGUGAAAGGCUUGGAUUUUGCUCUGCUUCAAAAGGUACGAGCUGAGAUUGCGAGCAAAGAGAAAGAAGAGGAAGAACUUAUGGAAAAGCCCCAGAAGGAAACCAAGAAAGAUGAGGAUCCUGAGAACAAAAUUGAAUUUAAGACACGUUUGGGCCGCAAUGUUUACCGCACACUGUUUAGGAGCAAGGCAUAUGAACGCAAUGAGCUGUUCCUGCCAGGCCGCAUGGCCUAUGUGGUAGACCUGGAUGACGAGUAUGCAGACACAGAUAUCCCUACCACGCUUAUCCGCAGCAAAGCAGAUUGCCCCACUAUGGAGGCCCAGACAACACUGACUACAAAUGACAUCGUAAUCAGCAAGCUCACCCAGAUCCUUUCCUACCUGCGGCAGGGUACCCGCAAUAAGAAGCUCAAGAAGAAGGAUAAAGGGAAGAUGGAAGAGAAGAAGCCCCCUGAAGCUGACAUGAAUAUAUUUGAAGACAUUGGGGAUUAUGUGCCAUCCACAACCAAGACUCCUCGGGACAAGGAGCGGGAGAGAUACCGGGAACGAGAGCGUGAUCGGGAGAGAGACAGAGACCGUGACAGAGAACGGGAGCGAGAACGAGAUCGGGAGCGGGAGCGGGACAGAGAGAGAGAGGAAGAGAAGAAGAGGCACAGCUACUUUGAGAAGCCGAAAGUGGAUGAUGAGCCCAUGGACGUUGACAAAGGACCUGGAUCUGCUAAGGAGUUGAUCAAAUCGAUCAAUGAAAAGUUUGCUGGAUCUGCUGGCUGGGAAGGCACUGAAUCAUAUCCUUUAUUUCACUAUCGUAUGCUGAAGAAGCCAGAGGACAAGAAGCAGCUGGGAGACUUCUUUGGCAUGUCCAACAGUUAUGCUGAGUGUUAUCCAGCCACAAUGGACGACAUGGCCGUGGAUAGUGAUGAGGAGGUGGAUUACAGCAAAAUGGACCAGGGUAAUAAGAAAGGCCCCUUAGGCCGCUGGGACUUUGAUACCCAGGAGGAAUACAGCGAGUAUAUGAACAACAAGGAGGCUUUGCCCAAAGCUGCAUUCCAGUAUGGUAUCAAGAUGUCUGAAGGGCGGAAGACCAGGCGCUUCAAGGAAACCAAUGAUAAGGCAGAACUAGAUCGCCAGUGGAAGAAGAUUAGUGCAAUCAUUGAGAAGAGGAAGAAGAUGGAGGCUGAUGGAGUUGAAGUGAAAAGACCAAAAUACUAAUCUCUGGUUCCAACUGCAAAAAGAUUCACAAGGAUGUGCUUGCCACUGUUUGCUUUCUAUAAUUCCCCAAAGAGUUGCAAGGUGUCUUUCUGUGAAUGUAUAUAAAAUGUUGUAUAAUCAUUUAGUUCCAUUAAAACUGGUCAACCUGGGGGCACCCUGGGUGGCGCAGUCU